GUCAAUUACUUUGACAGGUAAUAUUUAUUACCGGUGAAAAUCUGGUGCUAUUUAAUGUUUUAAAUACGUUGAUACAUGCUAGCAGUGAAAUUUUAAAAAUUCUAUAGGAAAAUAUAGAUUUAUGUAUCUUUUGAAUUGAAUUCACAACAGUUAUUCCACUCAAGAUUACCUAUAAUGGCAACGAUUCGAGUAAAUAUCAACAAACAAGAAGAGGAACCAGAAAAAUCAUGGAAAGAAAUGACACUCAUGGAAAAAUUCCGGAAAAAAUACAGCGACAGACGAGAAGUUGCCUUAAAAGAUGCUGGACGAAUGGCAAGAUACGCCUACAUAAGCAUUGCAUUCCAGACAGCGACACAACCGUAUAUGUUUCUGUGUUUUAUUAUUCCAAGACUUUUUGAGGAGUACGAUGCAUGGACUCAGUACUGGUUAAAACUAAUGUUUAUGUUCCUGGUUGUGCAAACUUUAAUGAACUAUUUUUGUACGUUAUUUUACUCGACAAACAUUAUAAAAACACGUGACAACCCAACAGUGCAAAUGAAAGAAAGAUGGGAAAAUCCCCCAGAAUACUUUGAAUCUUACAAUGAAAAUCAACCUCUAACAAACGGAAAUGCCAAACAUCUCAUGAACUGUCCACAAGAUGAGUCUGGGUUGCCAUGGAAAUACUGUGACGAGUGUGAUUUUUAUAUUCCGCCACGUGCUCACCACUGCUACGUUUGCAGAACGUGCAUAUUGAAACACGAUCAUCAUUGUUACUUUGUAGGCACGUGUAUUGGAUUCAAAAACCAAAGAUAUUUUUUCGUUCUAAAUUUAUAUGCUUCGCUUCUAGGAUGUUUUAGUUUUUAUUCCACCAUAAAAUAUUUACAAUACUUUUACUGGCCGACUGCAUACUCAUGGACAAACUUUUUUCCACCACUCGCAAUAUUCCGGUGGUGUAAUGGAGCAGAGGAUUUGAACAUCAACACCAUUUUACUUCUAUUGCAGUUAUAUAAUGAACUUUUAUACGGCGUAUUCGGCAUCAUAUAUUUCACAUCACAGUUGACAUUAGUUAUUAAGGGAGUUACAAUGUUUGAAUUUUCGAAAAGAGUGAGAGUAAAAUGCAAAAACAGUAUAAACCAGAACUUCCGGUCUGUAUUUGGAGAUUUCUGGGCGCUGAACUUUUUAUUUCCGAUGACAAUUCUGUUCAAGCAAAGAGACGAUGGGUUUAAAUGGGAGGGUAUUAAAGUCGAUUACAACAGUAAUUACGAGCACACAUUGCCUAAAUAAAAUUUUAAAGUAUGGUUCA